AUGAAUCUUAGUUUGAUGUUUUGGGGUUUGGUCGAGGCCCGCGCUGUCCUGAUAGCGCUUGUUAUUUUCCUCGGUGUUUCCUGGCUCAGGAGGAGCAGCCGAUACAAGAAUCUGCCCCCUGGACCAUUCACGGGGUCCUGGUCGUCGUUUAUGGAAGACACCUCCACCGUGUACGACCUAUUAAAGAGUGACGUCACCAGGCAGCCACACCAGAUUUUCAAAAGGUUUUCCGUGAAGUAUGGAGAUCUUCUUUACAUCAAUACGGUGGCUUUACGGAUCGUUGUGCUCAACAGUUGUGAAUCGAUUAGACAAGCUUUUCAGAACCAACACAUCAGCGACAGACCGGCUAUUCAAGUUUUGAAACACACAAUCGAAGGAGAUGGAGUUGCCUUCGCCUCGGGAGAAACUUGGAAACGUCAAAGGAAAUUGGUCUUGAAUUUCCUGCGAGCCUUCGGGGUUAAUCGGACAAGCUUCGAGGACAAGAUAGCCCUGGAGGCCGAACAUCUGAAUGCAGAGUUCCGGAAGCACGGCGGCCUUCAAUUCAACCCCUCGCAUCUCCUCGCCAAUGCCGUGUCUAACGUCAUCUGCUCGGUACUGUUCGGCCGGAGAUACGAGUACACCGACCGGAAGUUUCAGCGCCUUUUACAUGCGAUUUACCGUAACGUUGCGAUCAUAGGCGGUUCUACUGGACCUUUGCAGAUGUUGCCGUACAUUUACCUUCUCAAGUGGUUCAUACCAGUGAUCAGGGAGACGGCGAACAACGGAAGACUGAUCGUAGAGUUCGCCCGGGAGGUCUUGGAGGAGCAUCAGGUAGACUUCGACCCAGACAACCUUAGAGACUUUACAGAUGUGUAUCUCAAAGAGAUGUACAAUAACAACAACAACAAUAACAUCAACGAGAACAAAACUUGUUUAACUAUAAAUGACAUGUGUGCCACUGCAUCCGAUCUUUUCAUCGCCGGGACCGAGACGACGUCGACUGCACUUCGUUGGGGGCUGCUGCACCUGAUGUCACGGCCUGAUAUACAGCAACGAGUCCAGCAGGAACUUGACUCUGUGGUAGGUCGAGACCGUCUGCCCAGCGUAUCCGACAAGCCAAAUCUACCCUACACCAUGGCUACCCUCAUGGAGCUCCAACGGAUCGGCAAUAUUCUCCCAUUGGGUAUUCCCCAUCAGGCUUCGCAAGACACUACUGUAAUGGGUUAUGAUAUCCCCAAAGGUACCGUUGUCAUGCCCAACAUGUGGUGCCUAACAAGUGACUCUAAGUUGUGGGAUGAGCCCGAUGUGUUGAAGCCAGAGAGAUUCCUUGAUGAGACGGGACGCAAUGUGAUCAAGUACGAAGAGAUGAUGCCAUUCAGCACAGGUCGUCGAAUGUGCAUUGGUGAGCAGCUUGCAAAGACGGAGCUUUUCAUAUUCCUGACGCAUACCCUCCACCAGUUCAAUAUUGAGAAGCCAGCCGCCUCCCCUCCCUUCACCUUCAAGGGGAUCAUGGGGGUAACACUGUCUCCUCUUCCCUAUGAAAUCUGUGCCACGCCCCGUAAUUUCUAAAGUCAGUAAUUACUGGACAUUAUCCUGUAUUGAUCUCUAGUGAGGUCACUCACAGCUACUGACUGGCUAUGAUAAAUUGCGGGUGUGUUCAAAUAGCUUCCCGGGGUCGAUCCAAGUCUGUG